AUGUUCGGCGCAGUGGUUGGCUCGACCGGAUGGAUGGAAGGUGGCACAAAGGAUAUAUGGGAUGGAACACCACCACCAGGAGAAGCACACGCGAGCUUCGCCGUGGCGGACGGGGAGGCGCUGGAUGAAGAAUCCCAUGGCGUCUGUCAGUCUGUAGUCUCGACUCUGCAGGCCGUGGCACCCGCCCUGACAUUGCGCAGCGAUUGCGCAGUGCGGCUUGGUUCCACGCUUCCCUCUCUUGGCCAAUCCCGGUCAAGGUCCAACGGCAAGCCUGGAAAACGCAACAACGUCCCGUGGUCUCUGUGUCACUGCGCUCGAUGCAGGUCACGGGUCAUCGGACAAGACAGAUUUGACAGCUCGAGGGCGUCGAGGUCAUGGCGUGGAAUGGAAGGGAAUGCAAGCAGACAAUCUCGGUGGGAAAGUGCAUCCAUCGUAGCGUGGCAUCAUGAAGACGUGCGGACGGGAGACCUCGAGGUGAGGGAAGGUGAGGUAUUUCGUGUGGAGUACGUACAAUCUCCCCGAUACGUACUCUCUCUACUGUGGUACAUACUUUGUAAGGAAGGUACCGCAGCACCGCAGGGAACUUCAAAGUCUGGCGCUCCGUCUCAUCCAGCAUCCUUGUCUCAAGCCUGA